AAGCGCCAUUUUUGAAUGCAUUAGUGGAGUUUUUAGAAAGUUAGGUUAAUAGUCAAUAGUAAUCAAUUUAAUAACAAUGCCUCUUCCAGCUGCUCUAGCAUCGAAAUUAGCAAAAAGAGGCCUCUACACAGCAAAUACACCGAAAUCAACGGACAAGGAACGCAAACGAGACUACAGAGGAGUUGUUGGAUGCCCCAACAAGAAUAACAUAUACCACGAUUGCACCUACUGGUGUGAUGUACAUUGGAAGCCGGCCAAUAUUCCCGACCCACGUUACAUGCGCAAUGUUGGUAAGUUGCUGCAGAAGUAUCCAUUACCGCAUCACUGGACCGAAAUUUUCGAUAAAGGAUUGAAGCGCUAUUACUAUUGGGAUAUGGAGACGGAUAUGGUCUCGUGGCUACCUCCAAAGCACCCUAGGGCGAAGAUAACUGAAAGUGCUGCCAAAUUAAGAGAGAGAAGAGCCAAAGGUGUAACAGCCGAGGACAGAAGUAUCUCUAAACUUGAUCUUGAUGACAGUAAAAACGAUCGCAAACGACACAGCAAAAGUUCCAGAAGGGAUCGCGAGAGCGAUAACUCAGACAGGAGACACAAAUAUGAGGAGAAAGAUCACGGCCGUAAGAGAUCGCGCCGUGAGGAUAUCAUCGAUCCCAUGGAUCCUGCCGCGUAUUCCGAUGUGCCAGUUGGUACUUGGAGUGACGGUUUGGAGUCUAAUAAGGCUGAUGCUGAUGAUAAUGCGAGUUCGGGAGCUUUGUAUCAGCAACGUCCAUAUCCCUCACCUGGAGAUAUAUUAGCGGCUAAUAAAUCUAAAUCUAAAAGAUAGUUGUAGAAUAUUAGUAAUAAUAAUAAUAAGUUAGAAUAGUACCACUACAAAUCAAUACAAGAGACAUUUCCAAAUAUAACCAUCUUCAGAGUCCA